AAAGCCAGAACUGGGACUUCCCCGGUGGUCCAGUGGUUAGGACUCAGCGCUUUCACCACCAAGGGCAUGGGUUCAAUCCCUGGUCGGGGAACUAAGAUCCCACAAGCUGCGAGGCGUGGCCAAAAAAAUAAAUUUAGAAAAAAGAAGGGCCAGAGCUUGAAGCACUCACCCACCAGCAAAUGGGAGUCGGACUUUGCCUGUGGUCUUAGGGAGCAAGGGGUCUCUCUUGAGAAGUCGUGGCCACAGGCCUGAGCGCCAAGCACGUGUGGGUCUGUUGAGGGAGGAGCACCCUCUCCUGGGCACCUGCAGAGGCCCUGCCCACGCCCGCUCCAAGGCCCGCCCUCAAGCCCAGGAGGAGGUCCCCCGGGCCAGGAUCUGUGCACGCGAACAGCCCCCUCGAGCCAGCGGGCAGCUGACCUGCUGAGAGGCUGAGGGUCAUACUGUCAGGGCUUGGGUGAUGAACUGUUGGACCGUGAAAGAGACGAUGCAAAGAAGGAAUCGAAAGUUGAGAGAAACAGGCCAGUUUGAAACGCCCACGCCCUGCCCAGUGCCACCCGCAUGGCUGCUGCCUCCGUCCCUGCGUCCCUGCCCUGCGCUGCCCGCCGCCCCUGAGAUGUCGGCAUCUGCUAAGCCUGCGGCCCUGGCAGAGCUGGCGCCGGGCCCCGGUGAGAAGCCAGGGGGACGGCCGCUCCUGGCCUGGGGCCCCGUGUUUGGCCACCGGAGUGAGAAGAUCGCGUUUGGCCAGAGCGAAGGUGGCCCCGACGAGCAGGUGCUCACGGUCACCGUCACCGAGACGACCGUCAUCGAGGCGGACCUGGGCGUGUGGGGUGCCCGCGCCCUCAUCUACCUCACACUCUGGUUCUUCUUCAGCUUCUGCACCCUGUUUCUCAACAAGUACAUCCUGUCCCUGCUGGAAGGGGAACCCAGCAUGCUAGGGGCCGUGCAGAUGCUGUCAACCACGCUUAUCGGCUGUGUUAAAAUAUUUGUCCCCUGCUGUUUGUAUCAGCACAAAACCCGGCUUUCUUACCCUCCCAACUUCAUCAUGACGAUGUUGUUCGUGGGUCUCAUGAGGUUUGCAACAGUGGUUUUGGGUCUGGUCAGCCUGAAAAACGUGGCUGUGUCCUUUGCUGAGACGGUGAAGAGCUCGGCCCCCAUCUUCACUGUGAUCCUGUCCCGGACCGUCCUGGGGGAGCACACCGGGCUGCUGGUCAACCUCUCGCUCAUCCCUGUCAUGGGCGGCCUGGCGCUGUGCACGGCCACCGAGAUGAGCUUCAACUUCCUGGGGUUUUCGGCCGCCUUGUCCACCAACAUCAUGGACUGUUUGCAGAAUGUUUUCUCCAAAAAGCUCCUCAGCGGGGACAAAUAUAGGUUCUCGGCCGCGGAGCUGCAGUUCUACACCAGUGCAGCAGCCAUGGCCAUGCUCGUCCCAGCCUGGAUCUUCUUCAUGGACUUGCCGGUGAUCGGGAGGAACGCGAGGAGCUUCCGCUACAGCCAGGACGUGCUGCUUUUGCUGCUGGCGGACGGCGUCCUCUUCCACCUGCAGAGCGUCACGGCCUACGCCCUCAUGGGGAGGAUCUCCCCCGUGACCUUCAGUGUCGCCAGCACCGUCAAGCACGCCCUGUCCAUCUGGCUCAGCGUCAUCGUUUUCGGCAACAGGGUCACCAGCCUGUCAGCCGUGGGCACCGUGCUGGUGACAGCCGGAGUCCUGCUCUACAACAAGGCCAAGCAGCAGCAGCGGGAGGCCAUGCAGAGCCUGGCUGCGGCCACCAGCCAGUCCCCAGACAGCAGCCCUGAGCCGCUGCUCCCUCCGGACCCCCGGCCACACCACUGAGCCCCGGAGCCUCAGGGGCGCCGCGCACCACGCCCCUCCUCGCCAGUGGGGGACCCCCUUCGCCUCUCCCGCUCCCUGGACGGCAGGCGUGGGGCCUCCGGCUCCACGGGUCACGGUCUGGGUGUGGGAGGUGCGAGUGGGCAGCCUUUCCCGCUCUUUCCUGGGACGCUCGGUCAGAGCUGGGGGAGCUCGAAUCGGGGUCCCAGGUGUCAGCCCCUGGGGCGCAGACCACAGCUGCCACUGAGCCGUUGCCGAGCCACGUGACAACCUCCUCCUGGCGGCCUCUGCGCACCCCCUGCAGCCAGGCCAGGCCCCGAUUCCUCUGUGGGUGACGACCACUGGGGAUAGCUGCAAAGUCGGGGCUGCAGCCAGGUGCCAGCGGCCGCCCUCCCCACUUGCAGCCGGCGGAGAGAACCCGCUUCCCCACGCCAGCCGUCGGCGGCCACCCGAGGUACGUCCGGCUCCUCGGCCGUCAGGGAGUCUGUCCGCUGGGCUCGGACGGGCUGCCCCACUGCCCGGACACGGAGGCCACGGCAUCGGGGCACAGAGCGGAGAGGGGACAGCUGGGGUGCAGAGACCGGCGUCCCUGCUCCUGAGGAUGGAGUGUCCGGCCCCACCCUCCCGCCCGAGGUGGAGCUGCCCGCAUCAGCACCACUUAGGGGAGGUCACUGGCGGAGCGAACGCGGCCCCACCCCUUUCCGUGCCUGCUGCGCCGAGCUCUUCACCUGAAGGUCCAGCCCUCACCUGCGGCCGGGGCGUCCCCAGAGGCCCAGACGUGGUUUCCAGCCCGAGGCUGCGGGCGGCCCCCCUCAGUGUUUGGCUCAGGGAGGGGGCUGCUGUCCCUUCUGCUCCCCUGGGCGAGAGGCAGGCUGUUCGGAGCGCCCCCGGGGAGCACCCGUCCCCACUCAGCUGGUCGGGAGCCUUGCCUUGUCUCGUCAACGAGGCUUUUAGAAUUUUCCCUCGUGAAUGAUGAGCAGGACGAGUGUGGAAUAUUUACAGUUUUUGUUAUGUUGCGUUUAAAAGGACAGUGUAGGUUUUUAAAAGGAAAUACAGGCAUAGGUGGCUUCUGGAACGCAUCGUGUAUGCCAGGUAGACCACAGACCCGCAGCCCGGCCCCGCCCACCUCCUCCAGAGCAGACAAACGGAUGGCCAGGUGUUUGAGGCCUGUGGUGGGCUGAGGCUCCACCCCUCGCUUCACCCCUUGCCUCGCAGCCUGUUGGGAUUUCUGAUCGGGACGCAGCCCCCUCCCUCCCACCAGGCUCGAGCUCUGGGGCUUGUCAGGUGCAGCCCUACUCGGGGCCGCAGGCUGGCCACCUGGCCAUCUCCAGCCAGUCUGCGGACAGAGCCACCCGAAGGCACGAAUCGUUCCCUGAGUCUCAGGCAACAGUCCCAGCUGUUCGGGGCCUGGGUUCCCUGAUUGCUUCUCUGGUUUUCCAGUUGGCUUCUCAGCUGGAAAAUAUAAAAUAGCCCCUCCUGGAGAGCAAAUCUCUUGGAAACAGAGCAAUAACUACAUUUCACUAAGUUCUGCUAACUUUAAAAAGCUUGUAAUGAUGAUGGAUUAAAAUGAGGCCUUUUAAACUACAAACAGCCUUUUUACGAAGCUGACCUCCUGCUCCAGAGGACGGCGAGUCCCACGCACCUUCACUGUGCAGGGGUUGCUCGUGUGACUUCCCCAGGUUUUAUCCCUUUCCUCUUUUUCUGCUUCCCCCCAAAACAAAACUAAAGAGGGUUCUUUGGCUGUAGCUGGGGUGGCCAGCUGGUGCGCUGGUCUGUGAGGACCAGAGGGAAAGCACCGAUUCCCUGGACCUGCUGCCUCUGUCCUCAGACCGUGGCCGCUGUGCCCACGGCUGAUGGUGAGACGGGAACAGAAGGGGCGCAUCUGAGUGUGAUCAGGUGCCAGCCGCCUGCGUCCGAGGGUUGGUAGGGACCUGGGUCCCUGCCUCCUGUGGACGUGCCCCUCCCUCCACUCUCAUCCUGUUUUGAUUUUCUAGAUAUUAGGACCAAGAAAGAUUUUUCUAAAUUAUUAGUACAUGAGGCAGUUUCUAGCAAAGCUGCUUUUGAGACUUCUCCUCAUCCCGGGUGGGAGACCACAAAACGCGUGCUACAGCUUCAUUCCGUCUGCAUCUCCACCCCUAAGUCGUCCACAUGUUGGGCGUUUCCGGGACAGCCCUGCGCCGAGAGUCAAAACCCGCAGCCUGGCAAUGGCAUUUGUUUAAUAACCGUACAGACGUGUUUUUUAAUUAAGUUUGUUUAGUCGUUUUUUAGUAUGUUCUUUUCACUGAACCAUCGCAGGCGUGCUCGUACCAGUGUUGACACUGGGUGUUGUGUGUUACAUUGGGUCCACUCCUCCUAUGUCUUUGGUCGUUGUCCGUGCCCUUGUAAACAAACACUUGAACCAGGCUUCUGAAUCUGGUCAUCUGCUUACUUACGUUGAUAGUUAGAGGUGUAGAGAUCUCUGGCUUUCAAGGAAAUUUCCACUACUGAGUGGCAUAAAAAAGGCUUUUUUAAAAAAGAAUUCUGAUAGUCAUAAUUUCCUGCAUAUCAGCGUUAAAAUCAUCUGCCUUGGAAAGCUGAGAAUUCUCCUGCACAAUCCAAAAUGUGUCUUCAAUUUGUGAGUCAAACAGUAAAAAAUUGCUGCACGAGGAAUAUCAUCCACGUGGAGCCGUGCUCGUCGCCGCCCUUGAAAUACUUUCCGCAGACUGGUGGGCUUUCCCUCCUGUGCGGCGCUGACUGUCCCAUGGAUGGUCAUUUAUAGACGGGCCAGAGGGGAUCAAAGAAAUGCAACAUGUCUUUUUACAUCUGUCCAGGGGGUGUGCUUCCUGAUGCAUGAAAGUAUUUUCACUGUUCCCCUGGGUUGGAAAAAUUAAACAAGGAUGUUAUUACAGGUAGAAACCCUCCUGUCUUUUUGCCUUUGACCAACAUUGUGCUAAGGGCUCUGUUCUUUUCCAAAACACGUACAUGCCCUGGUUGGGACCUCUUUGUUUUCUUAGUUUAUAAAUAAGAACGUCCCAGCUCCCCUGAAGAGCCUGCCUACUUCUCUAUCCUGGCUGAGGGGCUGAGAGGAGAGUCACGAGGUUGUCCUGACCAUCGCUUGGCUUACUCACCCUGCAGCUCAGGGUGUAACACCUCCCGGUUUGCUGUCUCUGUAGUAUCUCCUCCUCUUCUCCUGAGGGCUGAGAGUCUGAGUUUGAUGGCCGCGGGGUCCAUGCCUAGAUGUCCAAACUGAGGUGGAAACUGUUCUAAUUGGAAAAGUGUUUGGUUUUUUUUUUUUUUUCCAGUUUUCAUCAGAGGAAAACUGGCAUUCAGCUGAUGUGCUAUUUCUAGACUGCAGAUGUGAGUAGCGUCUGCACCCGCCCAGGGCGGUGUUGUGGGCACCACGUUGCAGAGGGCCACAGUGAGAGUGACUUUCCCACACUGAAAAACUUGAAACUUACAUCAAUAAUUGUCUGUAUCAGAACCAAAUUAUAUGUGCUUUAUACCAAACAAAACUGCGGAGAACUAAAAGUACAUUGUGCAAAAUGUCUAUAGUGUUUUGUAUUUCACUUAUUUCAGUAUUUAUGUGAUUAGAUGAAUUCUUUCUAGAAAAUGGUGGUUAAAUAAUUGAGUCACUGUUAAUUCUGCUAUGGUAAUACAUCGAUGCUGUACAGUGAAUCCUGUGGAUGCCCCCUGGUUAUUUUUGUCUAAAUUAAGCCACCAUGGUAGCAACUAUCUAGGACUCUUGUUCUGCAAAAGUAAAAUAAAUGUUC